UGGGGGGGGGGGUUCUUGCUGAAGGAGGAACGAUACACAAGAAAUAGCGAGUCUCAGUCAGGAAAGAAGGAAGUCUGGACGUGAUGUCUUGGACGGCGGAGGCUUGGAUGUAGAUUUCUACAUCUCCUCUCCCUCUGGCCAGAUUCUCUACACUGACCAUCACAAGUCAGAUGGAAUGCACACUGUGGAGACAGAGGACGGGGACUACAUGUUCUGCUUCGACAACACGUUCAGCAGCGUCUCAGAGAAGCUGGUCUUCUUCGAGCUCAUCCUGGACAACAUGGACACCGACGAGGAGCCCGACGACUGGAAGGAGUACGUGCACGGCACCGACAUGUUGGACAUGAAGCUGGAGGACAUCAUGGUGAGUCGGAAAAACACGUUGGGAUUUUUCACGCUAGUUUUUAAU